UGGCAGCGGCAGGACUCCGGGCACUUCCCUGAUUCCAAGUAGUAAACAGCUAUCAACGAUUACCAGUGUUUGUGAGAGCCUGCAGAGACAGCCUGCAAGGAAAAUGAAGCUCCCUAUUUUCAUAGCAGAUGCAUUCACAGCAAAAGCAUUUCGUGGAAAUCCUGCUGCUGUUUGUCUCCUAGACAAUAAAUUGGAUGAAGACAUGCAUCAAAAAAUUGCAAGGGAAAUGAACCUCUCAGAAACCGCCUUUAUCCGAAAACUGAACCCAAGUGACAGCUUCUCACAAAGUUCCUGCUUUGGACUAAGGUGGUUCACACCGGCGAGUGAGGUUCCUCUCUGUGGUCACGCUACCCUGGCUUCUGCAGCCGUGCUGUUUCACAAAAUAAAAAAUGUGAAUAGCACUCUAACCUUUGUCACGCUGAGUGGGGAACUAAAGGCCAGAAAAGCGGAGGAUGGUAUCAUCCUGGACCUGCCUCUGUACCCAGCCCACCCCCAGGACCUCCAUGAAGUAAAGGACUUGAUAAAGACUGCCAUAGGUGACACACUGGUCCAGGACAUCCGCUACUCCCCAGACACCCGGAAGCUCCUUGUCCGGCUCAGUGACACUUACGACAGGUCAUUUCUGGAGAACCUGAAAGUGAACACACAGGAUCUGCUGCAAGUAGAGAACACAGGGAAGGUGAGAGGACUCAUUCUCACUCUUAAAGGAAAGCCCGGUGGGCAGACCCACGCAUUCGACUUUUACUCCAGAUAUUUCGCACCCUGGGUUGGCAUCGCAGAAGACCCGGUAACAGGGUCUGCACAUACUGUUCUCAGCAGCUACUGGUCCCAAGAACUGGGGAAGAAAGAUAUGCGUGCCUUUCAGUGUUCCUGCCGAGGAGGAGAACUGGAGAUAUCCCUGCGUCCGGAUGGCCGGGUUGACAUUAGGGGAGGUGCUGCGGUGGUUGUAGAGGGCACGCUGACAGCCUAGAGGCGCUGUGCCGAUGCUGCUCUCCCCCAUGACUGUUUCCAUGAAGAAAAACAUAGGGGCUGCCUUUAGCAAACCUGCAUGGUAGUCUACUUAAUCCACAUGUUAGAAAUAGAAAAAUGAAGACAUAUUAAUGGAGAGUUAACGUGUACCAAUUAACUAUGGCGUUUUGGCUCCACCUGUGAGUGUAUCUGAAAUAUAAGUAACUCAUAAUGAAGAAUAAUGUUGUCACCUUUGAUUGUGACUACUGAUCACAGAAUGAGGAACAAAUGGUUAAAAUCAAACCAUUUAAAUGUAGGUGACUGUGAUAGAAUAUUUUGCAGCCAUUAAAAAGAUCCAAUAACUAUGUGGAAAUACAGAAAAAUAUUCCAUGAUAUAAUACUAAGAAAGAAAAUUACAGAUUAUAAAAUGUGAAUAUGAAUCUAUGUGGGCAGGAUGAGUCAUGAAGAUAGUGAAAACAGUUCAUCUGUGGGGAAUAAGAUUGGGAAUAGUUUUAAUGUGUGUAAUAAAAAAGCAUUUCCUUCAUUGGAACACACAUGUUCAAUAACCCAAAAUAAGAACAUAAAAGCAAAUAACUAGAAACCCCAGAAAUUUAAAAAAUGUAUAUGUAUUAGUGUGGUAGUAAAAUUAAACACUAAAAGUAAUGUAAUAUCUUUAUCUUACAGCUUUAGAGUGAUAACUUAAAAUGGAUUCUUCUCUUACCUUAACAAAAUGGUUUUUUAACGUAACUUUAAAUUCAGGUAAAUCUGUAAUACUGAGUGCCUAUAACUGACUUUGGGAUGGGGACUUUUUCAAGUCAUUAAGAGUGUUCCUUUAAGAUGAUCUCACUGAUGGCCGUUCUCGGCCGUCUCAAAAAC